UGUCUGACGUAUUAUGAUUACUAAACGUAAAACGUAACGUAAUUCGUGGAUGAGUAAUGUCGAAUGUUGCACAUAUUUAAAGUUUUUGUGUUAUUAAAUCGUGUUUGUAACACUACCAAAUAUGAAAUCAGUGCAUAUAUUGAAAAGAGUGUACACUAAACCUAUAAUCAAUGUAAAUAUGUGCUGUCGACCUACUGGGGCGAAGUUACAAGUGCGACAAAGUACUUCUUUGGAAUUGUACAAAUCAAAGUUAUACAAACCAGUUGAGAAUGUGCGGCACUUGGGAUUAGGGCCUACUACAAAAGAUUUCGAUGAGCCGACACAACUAACAGGGCCUCUUACAAAAGCACACGCUACUGAACUAGUGCUGCAUCUUACUAACGAUGAAAGAAAAAUGUUACUCAAUGCUCUGCAAGAAUACGAAUCGAACAGGAUUAAAGAAGAGUUCGAAGACAAAUUGGCAGGACAGCGUUGGAGAAGUAAGCUAGGACGACCCAGCAAAGUGCCCACGCUAGGUGAUGUUGACCCUACGGGCACCUACUGUCCUGUACCUGAGGAUUGGCUUAAGAAGAAGUAUGCUGCUACAGUCCCGAAACCCACAACCAAAGAACUGUUCCACUUAUCUUUUACAAAUGCAGUGCCGUUUAUUGGAUUUGGAUUUCUGGACAACUUCAUUAUGAUUGUUGCUGGUGACAGCAUCGAGAGCUCGAUGAGCGUGUACAUCACGAUAUCGACGAUGGCGGCGGCGGCGCUGGGCAACACGUUCAGCGACGUGAUCGGCAUCGGGUCCUCGUACUACGUGGAGCGCGGCGCGGCGCUGCUGGGGCUGGCGCCGCCGCGACUCGCGCCCGUGCAGCUGGACAUGCCCGUCAGCAGGCGCUUCGCUAACAUGGGCCGAGUGCUGGGCAUCACGCUGGGUUGUUUCCUCGGCAUGACGCCACUGCUGUUUAAGGACGACAAGGACGAGAAAAAGGACGACACCACCGACUCCGGAGCUAAGCCUGCGUAGACCUGAAAUAACAAGUACCGUCCGCACGGGUAAAAAUACUCCCACGCAUUUUUAUCGCUUUCGACAUAUGUGACAUUCGAUAUUCAACCUACAGUCCAACACACAGCGUUUAAAUUACGUUGCCGUGUGAACGGAUAUACGGAUAGGUACUCAUAUUCUAUUCCAAAACAUUUAUAUUGCGCGUCGAAAUCACGCCCAUGCGAACGAUGGGGGCUAACCUAAGCUGAGAAACUUUAUCGAAUCGAUUUUUUGUAAAUAGUUUACGAAUUUGAUGUGUACAUGGCCUAUUGUACGUAGUUAAAGCGAUCGACUAUACUGUGGUACUUAGACUCAUUAAUUAAUGUCUAUUUAUACUAAUUAAGUAUAAAUCAAUCAUAGGAUAUAAGCAAAAUGCACCUCUAAGACUUUCUAUUUAUAAACUGUAUACAAUACAGAUAUUUUUACAAAUGAUUUUAGAGAAUAGAAACUGUAGCUUCAGCCAAUGCCUACAAAAAUGAGGUAAAAAUUAAAAAUAAUGCAUUGAGUUCAGUGAAAGUAAAAACCAAAAGAGCAAAGUUACUUCUUUUUAUCUGUUUGUUGUAAAAUAAUACAAUUUUAAUAAUUAUGGUUCUUUUAAAUUAUUAUUCAGAUUAGUAUUUAAAAUUGUGAGCACAAGAAAAAUUUAUUAUAUUAUAAAUAUGCAUUUCAUAAUUGUCUAUAUUUUUCAAUGUAUCGAAUCACAUUUUUACUAGUUUCAGUUUCAAAUAUUUAAUCAUAAAGUUUACUCAGACACAAGUUAUUAAAAGUUAAAUAUUAGUGAUUGGAAUCUCUUCGCACGGCAGCUAGAAGUGCCAAUCAAUUAGAAUAAUAGAACAAUUUAUUGAAUUCGGGUAAAUGAUAACGAUCUCGAAUGCGAGUUAGGUAAUGUAAUAUUUAGAUAAGCACAAAACGUAACGUCUAGUCAUUGCACAGUGGUGCGAGCCUCGCAUGUAAUGGUUAGUACAAACUAGUGCUCUAACACGUACACUGUGUAUCUUGCAACUUUUUCGCCUUAAUUUAGUUAUACUUUUUAUAUACUUUAUAUUUUACAUCUCAACUUAUGAAUUACUCCGUCGGACGUAUACACAUAUACAGGGGGACCAUGGGUUCCGACGCAUUACAGCUGAGGAAAAAUCGAGAAAAUGCUAACAUGUUGUUAUAAAAAAGUGAUUGUCGUAUUCAUAAAAAGUUGUGGCAGAAAAAGACAUCAUGCGUCGACCCCAUUUGAAAUGUAGUUGUAUACUAAAGUUUUGUGAUGAUUAAAUAUAGUAAAAUCAGCUCUUCCUAGUUGGAGACGUCAUGUCUGUAUCAAGAUGUCUAUUUAUAAUUGUUGCAUGAGUUUUUUUUUAUAAUUGACUUUGUGAUUAUAAUAUAGUUAAUAAAUUAAUUCUGUUAA